AUGGUCCCUGUCGAUCCGACAUAUCCUCUCCACCCUGUGGUUUGCAUCGUGUCUUCAGCAAUGCUGGUGCUUGUUCUCCUUACCAGCUUCAUCCGUCAAAGCUGGAACCUUGGCGUCGCAUUCCUUUGCUUCUGGGUCUUACUCGAGAAUCUCACCCUGGGCGUGAAUGGCAUCAUAUGGGCCGACAACUAUGACGUCAGACUGUAUGUCUACUGUGACAUUGUCUCGCAUGUGCAAACCAUCACAUUCACUGCCAAGUCAUUGGCGACGUUGAUCAUCACUCGCCGGCUGCAUUUGAUCACCAGUCUACAAUCAGUGGAACUCCCUGACAAGGCGGCGAAACGUAGGAACCUCGCUAUUGAGUGGACGCUGGGGUUGGUGAUUCCUGUCAUCGUCGCCGGACCCCUCUAUACCAUAGUCCAGCAACUUCGCUUCGAGGUAAACGAGGGCUUCGGAUGCGGUAACUCCAUCGACGGGUCGAUACUCAGCAUCUUACUUCUUCCCUCUUGGCCAGUCAUUGCGCCUCUGAUGUCUAUCAUCCUGUACUAUCCCCACGUCGUCAAGACCUUGUAUCGGCAGAAUAGGGAUAUCAACCACUUCCUGCGGAGCAACAGCUCGGUGUCCCGCACCAACUACCUUCGCAUCGUGGCCCUCGCGAGCAUCGACAUCCUGCUUACCUUACCCAUUGGCAUAGCGACCAUUAUACUGACCAUCACGGAGGCGUUGGAUCUUGGUCCUAUACCAUUCUAUUACGGUUGGACUCGCGACCGAACUGGGAGCAAAGUUGCGGUGGGAGUUUCAUAUGCAGACCUGGUAGCCUCUGGUAGAUCCACUGUUGUGCAGAUCUACUUCCAGCAGUGGGUCUCCUCUGUUCUGGCAAUCACCAUCUUUUGUCUCUUCGGCGUCACUUCGGAAGCCCGCGCGUCGUACUGGCGCACCAUCUGCGCCGUCGGCGGCUGGUUCGGCUGGAAACCGACACCUCGUGUGCGCGGGGCCCGCUCGCCGCUUGGGGACAUCGGAUUGAACGAACGUAACGCCCAUCACUCUAUAUCCUUGGGUCUCGAAUCAUAUCCGAGCUACGUCGAUCCCAAUGUACGCAUGCCGAAGUCUGAACCGGGUGGAGCGGGAGUCCAGCCGGGCAAGCAAGCAAGCGAGGCAGUGCGUCGGGCAGACAGCUUCACAUCAGGCGCAGAACAUCCCAUCCAAUGCCUGGGUGAAACACGCCGCCCGCGUGACGAUGAUGCUAGUGUGGCGAGCGCGGCGUGA